AUGUCUAAUCUACGGUCGCCUUCCUCGCACGAGGAUGGGGGUAUGGAGAACGGUCCUGGCCCAGGAACUCUGGAAAGGGAGCUGUGGAACUCCAUGGGCCAAGACUCGUUCCUGGAAGAGACGCUCGGGGAGCUGGCGUACUCGCACUGGCUGCGAUUCCUCGAGACCGUGGGACCCGGCGCGAGCAAAAGGGAGAGCUGGCUGCUCUGGGACGCCCUCAAGAGCCUGGAGCGGAACCUGGACGACUCGAAGAGCACUGCGCUGCGCAUCGAGACCCCGCCCGGAUCGCCCGUCUCCUCUGGCCACCCGAGCGAGAGCACCCUGCCUUCGCCUGACGACUGGAAAGAUCUGAUCUCCCGGGCCCAGCAUCGGCUGUAUCUGCUCCAGCAGCCGCAAGCCUCGCCGCCGCAGCAACUCCGCUCGGAGCAGCCCGACAAGGAUGUCAACGAGAGAGCCCUGGAUCGCAUCGCAUACAUAGGUGGGCUCCUCCUCCCCGUGACGGUGGUCUCGAGCGUCCUGGCCAUCGAGGGCUCCUACGGGCCGGAGGGCGACAAGUUCUGGGUGUUCUGGGCGGUGAGCGUGGUGGCCUCGGUGGCGGCCAUGGCGGUCAUCUACGUCGAGCGGCUCAGGAGGCUGCGGGUCUGGUUCGAGAUCGCGGCCGACGGCGUGAUGGAGACGGGGGGCGCCUUCGUGGACGGGGACUUCUGGUGGGGGGACGACGAGAAGGAGGAUGAGAACGUCUGCGUGGUGCGGGAUGAGGAAGGCGUCAAGGCGUGGAAGAGAGGCGAGCUUGGCUGGGGAGGCGCUGUCAAGAAGGCGAGUGGCUAUUAUCGAUGGCGAGGGGACAAGCGGCUGAGAUUCGAUAUGCCGAAGCCGUGGCUAGGAACAUAG